CUUCACACUGACAUUAUGGUGAUCUGCUGCGUAUUAGUUAGGGAAUAAUUAGGGAAAUUAUUUUACAUGUUUUAAAGUUUAAUCUUCGCAUUAUACUGAACAACAGAAAAUUGUAUCUUACUGGUGACAAACUUUAAGGGACUUUUUGUUUUAAAUCGAAACUAAGUACAGAACGAUAUUUGUUUACUUGUUGCCUUGGUAACGGAGGUGCAACUGUCACUGACAUGAACAACUAUGAAGUUGUACGGAAAAUUGGAGAAGGAGCGUUUGGAAAAGCUUUCUUAGUGAAAGCCAAAGACGGAGGCAGCGAAACGGAAUGCGUGGUGAAGGAAAUCAACCUGAGGAAGAUGCCUGUCAAGGAAAAAGAAGCUUCCAGAAAGGAAGUGAUCUUGCUCUCGAAGAUGAAGCAUCCAAAUAUUGUCAUGUUUAUAACAUCAUUUGAGGAGAAGACCAAUCUAUAUAUUGUAAUGGAAUACUGUGAUGGAGGAGAUUUGAUGAAGAGGAUCAAUAUGCAGAGAGGCGUCCUCUUUAGUGAAGACCAGAUAGUGGACUGGUUUGUACAGAUCUGCCUAGGACUGAAGCACAUUCACGACAGGAAGGUCCUACACCGGGAUAUCAAGGCUCAGAAUAUAUUUCUCACUAACAAUGGGAUGAAAGCAAAGCUCGGCGACUUUGGAAUUGCAAGAAUGUUAAACAACACCAUGGAACUUGCCAGAACGUGUGUGGGGACGCCUUACUAUCUCUCGCCAGAGAUUUGUGAGAACAGACCCUACAAUAAUAAGACGGAUAUCUGGUCUUUGGGAUGUGUUCUCUAUGAGCUGUGUUCACUCAAACAUGCCUUUGAGGGCAGCAGCCUAAAACAGCUGGUGCUCAGGAUCUGUAGGGGGAGCUUUAAACCCAUCGCCUCCCGUUACUCAUGCAACCUGCGCCUGCUGGUGACACAGCUGUUCAAGGUGAGCUCGCGGGACCGGCCCUCAGUCAACUCCGUCCUGAAGAGGCCCUUUCUGGAGAAACUCAUCAGGAAACACCUGGAUGCACAGAUGAUGGCAGAGGAGUUCAGCCACACUGUGCUGCACAGAAGGAGCCCCCCACGCCCCCACCCCCAGACACGGCCCAAGCCGAAACAGGCUGCAGAGCUUGUCGCUAAGCCUAGAGCUGCAGAGAGGCCUGCUCCCUCUGCCAAGCCUGGGGGCUUGGCGAAAAAAACACCCCUCAGACGAGUGUGGAAUCCCCCAGCCAAUGUCUACACUCCAGAGUAUCAACACCCGGUUAACCACAAAGCGGCACUGAAGGAGAAGAUUCCGAACCAGGACCAUUGGACCAAUCACAUGGUGAAUCUGUAUGACCAACCGCAGGGGCUCUAUGUCCACUACCACGCCCAGUUAGAUGCCAUCCAGCAGAGACGCCAGGAGGAGACCCCUCCUCAUCUUUAUCCUCCUCCUCCUCCUCCUCCGCCAGCAGCCAUUCAGGAGAAAGGCAGAGAUCCACAGAGUGACUGGGCACAUUGUCCAUAUCAGCCAUAUCAGCUGGUGGUGGCUGCGCGGGAAGAAUAUCUGCAGAGGAGACAAGAGGCCAAUCAGAACAAGCUGAGGGCUGAGAAGCAGCUGGGUCUCCGGCCCUCCACUGCAGACUCAAAUCAGCCCAGGGGGCAAGAGGCCAAGCAUAGAGGGGAACCCCCACCGGACCAGCACCAGGAGGAGUAUCUGAAACAGCUGCAGGUGAUCAGACAGCAGUAUCACGAAGACGUAAGGGGGAUCAGGAUGAAGGCGGGAGUGCAUGACUCAGAGAGAGAAACUGAGAAGCUGGACAAGAUGCAGCAAAAUAAGGCGGCACUGCAGAGGAAGGACAAGUGGAAGAAAGGAAUCAUGUUUGAGGUUCGCCUGAAUGAUGAAGCAAUACAGACUGGGAGAAAAAGAGAAGGGAAAGAAGAGAAAGAUCGGGGAUAUGAUGAGGACAACGAAGAGGACGAGGAGGAGGAAAUGGACCCAUUAAACCAGACCCUAACAUUCCAGGCUGGAGAGGAACUCAAGCACAGGGAGUGGAUUGGUGUGGGGGCAAAACCAGUGGCAGAGGAGGACCCAGAGGCAGUCCGGAGGAAGGGCUGGGGUAAGGAGGCCCCCGGGACACUGCUCGGUGCCCUCGCCAACAUGGAGGUGUCCUCCAUCUGCACCACGUCUGCUCCUGCCCUGGCAGAAGAUGGGGGACCCUGGGAACAGAGGAGACUGUGGGCCGGGGGGGCACCAAACACUCUACUACAGGCCUUCGGGCAAGCAGCACUUACCUCUACUGUCACCUUCAAGCCCUCAGGAGAGGGAGAAGAUGAGGAUGAUGAAGGCUCAGGCACAGACGUGGAUGCAGAGCGACUGGAGCCCCGGUCAGACGACGACGACACAAACUUUGAGGAAUCAGAAGAUGAGCUGAUGGGAGAGGUGAUUGAAUCCAUGAAGAACUGUAUCCCUCAGGAGGAGAUGGAGGAGGAGAAUGGAGAAGAUGAAGCAAACAGAAAGCAGACAGAGGGCCAAAGGCUGGAGACCGGUGAUGGGGAGACAGAACAUGCCAUGGCCACCACACAGAACACUCAAGCCAGGCGUCACAGCCAGACUCCAGAAUGCACAAAUUUGCAGAUGCAGUCAGGAAAUCCAGGUGUCGUAGACGGGGAUCAGGCCGAUGGUGGGGAAAUCACCGCUGCCGAGCAGGGGCUAAGCUAGCAGAGACUCAGCAUGACCAGCACUGUGAGGAAGCUCCCCAAGACAGCAGCACACAGUGACAGUCCAUCUCAGGGAUAUGACAGGUCUCCGAUCAGCUCGAACAUCUCAUUUGCAGGCCCAUCAUGCAGCUGCGCUUUCUGGUCUCAUUACUAGUUAAAUGUUAAGGGGUCUCUCCCCAGUGUCUGUACAGGGGAGGUGGGUGAUGAAGAGGGAUAUACUUCUGGUGCGUACAUGGCACCUACUUACUGUACUGGGCUCCUGGUUACAUCUCUAAUAGAAUGCAGCAAAAUAGGCAAUGGAAUCAAAUUAAGUCAAAAGAAUUCAAAACAGAACACAUAACAUUCUGGAAUGCAAAGCGAUUUGGUGUGACGAUAUUUUGUUUCAAACUUUAAGUGUGGAAAAA